AUGGAUCCAACAACAGGUUUACCAAGUCCACGACGUAAAACUUUUUCUGAGGAGAUGGGGGUUAAUCAUGAAGGGCUCACAACUGAAAGUCACGACUGGACCUUGGUGAAAGCUAUUGAUCUCGUACAUGAUCAAAAAAUAGUUGUCAUUGAUGGAGAUACUUCAAUAGAAGGCGCAUGCGAUAUACUUGUAAAAAACAAUAUAUCAUCAGCACCAGUUUAUGAUCGUUCAACUAAAAGUUAUGUUGGGAUGUUUGAUUGGGCAGAUGUGAUGUCUUAUUUGUUAAUUGUUUUGAAAAAGAAAAAUUCAAUUGAACAACAAAAAAAAACUGAUGCUGAACUUACCAAAGAAUUUCAGGAUUUAUUAAAAUUAUCAACGGAACAUCAACCAAUCCCUGUUAAAUUAGCUUCAGAUUUAUCCAAUAAGAAUCCAUUUUAUUCGGUGUAUCCUGAAACAUCUUUAUUACAAGUUGUAGAAUUAUUCGGAAAUGGAACUCAUAGAGUUGCUGUUUUGGAUGCUGAUGGUAAUCUGAAGGGAAUAUUGUCGCAAUCUGGAGUGUUGAAUUAUUUAUAUAAAAAUGUUACUAGAUUUCCACAAAUUGAAAGCCUAUUCCCUAAAACGAUUUAUGAGUUUGAUAUUGGUAAAAGUCCUGUGAUAUUUGCUCAAGCAGACUCUUUUGUCCUAGAUGCAUUGAUAAUGAUGAAUGAUAAUGCAUUAAGUUCAGUUGCUAUCAUUGAUUCAGAAGGAAUGCUUAUUGGAAAUAUUAGUAUGACUGAUGUUAAAUAUAUUAUUAGAAGUUAUAGUCACUCAUUAAUGUGGAAGACAUGUCAAAAAUUUGUUAGUCAUGUAAGAAGUAUACAAGGAUUGGAAGAUGGUCAGGAUAGGUAUCCGGUGUUUGAUGUCCGUACAACAUCAACUUUAGGAUAUACAAUUGCCAAAUUGACAGCCACAAAAGCACAUCGUGUAUGGGUGGUUGAUGAGAAAAUGAAAGCUGUAGGAGUUGUAAGUUUAACAGAUAUUUUGGGUGUCUUCGCUCAAGCAGCUGACGGGAAUCUUUCACUGAAGAAACUAUCAAGAUCUACUUCUUCUUCUUAA